ACCGUAUUCACCUCUUCCCCUUCCACACCCGAGACUUGGGAGAUCUACGAACCGGACUGACGUCUUCGAUCUCUUGCAUCCCCUAUAUCUCACCUCGUGCUCUUCUUGGAUUGCUCUGUCGUUUGUCGGCCUGUUUCAACAGCUUCCUACCCGACGUCUCGCUGCCCAGGCUUCCAUCUCUGCCAGGACCCUUGCUACUUCGUCUGUCACCAUGACCAACUACCGAAAAGAAGCCGACACGUUCGGACCUCUCGAUGUUCCCGCCGACCGAUACUGGGGAGCUCAGACUCAGAGGAGUCUGAUGAACUUUGAUAUCGGUGGUGAGCAGGAGCGAAUGCCUGCUCCCCUUAUCAAGGCUUUCGGAGUGUUGAAGAAGGCCGCUGCUCAGGUCAACGCUACCUACGGAAUGGACCAGAAGGUCGCCGAUGCCAUCUCCCAAGCCUCGGACGAGGUCAUCUCUGGUAAACUCCUCGACCACUUCCCCCUGGUCGUCUUCCAGACUGGAUCUGGAACUCAGACCAACAUGAACGUCAACGAGGUCAUCUCCAACCGAGCUAUCGAGAUCAUGGGAGGAGAGUUGGGAAGCAAGACCCCUGUUCACCCUAACGAUCACGUCAACAUGAGCCAGAGCUCCAACGAUACCUUCCCCACCGCCAUGCACGUCUCUGCCGUCGUCGAGAUCAACCACACCCUCUUGCCUGCUCUCCACCAGCUGCACGACGCCCUCGAGGCCAAGCGAGCCGAGUUCGAGUCGAUCAUCAAGAUCGGUCGAACUCACUUGCAGGACGCUACUCCUCUUACGCUUGGACAGGAGUUCAGCGGAUACGUUCAGCAGGUCGCUAACGGUAUCAAGCGGGUCGAGGAUGUCAUCCCCAGGUUGAGCAUGUUGGCUCAGGGUGGUACCGCCGUUGGAACCGGUUUGAACACCAGGAAGGGCUUUGACGUCAAGGUCGCCGAUGCCAUCUCUGAGAUCACUGGACUCAAGUUCCAGACUGCCCCUAACAAGUUCGAGGCUUUGGCUGCUCACGAUGCCAUUGUCGAGGCUUCCGGUGCCAUGAACACGGUCGCCGUCUCCCUGAUGAAGAUCGCCAACGACAUCCGAUACCUCGCUUCCGGACCUCGAUGCGGUCUUGGUGAACUCUCUCUGCCCGAGAACGAGCCCGGUUCUUCCAUCAUGCCCGGAAAGGUCAACCCUACCCAGUGCGAGGCCUUGACCAUGGUCGCCGCCCAGGUCAUCGGGAACAACACUACCAUCUCGGUCGCCGGAUCUUACGGUCAAUUCGAGCUCAACGUCUUCAAGCCCGUCUUGAUCAAGAACCUGCUCCAGAGCAUCCGACUGUUGGGAGACGGAUCGAGGAGUUUCACCAAGAACUGUGUUGUCGGAAUCGAGGCCAACAAGGAGAAGAUCAACCAGAUCCUUAACGAGAGUCUCAUGUUGGUGACCUGCCUCAACAGCCGAAUGGGAUACGACAAUGCCGCCAAGUGCGCCAAGAAGGCUCACAAGGAGGGAACUACCUUGAAGGAGGCUACCCUUUCACUUGGACUUUUGUCGUCAGAAGAGUUCGACGAGCUCGUCAGGCCUGAGCUCAUGUUGGGACCCAACUAGGCAUGUCCACCACACACGUUGUAACGCUACAUACACAGGGAAAAGCUGUCCCCGUACAUUGACGUAAUACGUAGCCAGACCAUCAGCGCAGCUUGUUUCUGGAACUGACAGCGUGAGAGAGUUGUCAUUGCUCGAAGCGCCUUCCGGCUUGGACCGAGGACGCUGCAAGCGCGUCGAUGCAUCAACCAGGCAGGGGGCAGUCUCGAAAGGAUCGAACGUCCCGCGAGGAUGAUUGUAUCAUUACUCUCGAACGUCAAUUUCUACCUCAAAUCCAUACGCAGC